ACAAAGAAGACUUUUGUCGCUACAGACCGGAACAAGUGGAAAAGCUUCUAGAAAGGUUUUGAGUAUCAGGCUGUCAUCGUGUGUAGGGAGGUGAUUUAUUAAAACGGAUUGUCCACAAACCCUUGUCCUGUACUAAACCAUGGGAACUGAUAGAAGGAUUAGUCGUAGUGAACGUACUGGAAGAUAUGGUUCUGAUAUGCGCAAACACGAUCCAGAGUGCUAUGGAAAACGAAGCAGAGAUGUGGAAAAGGAUUAUGAUCGACGCUGGGUCCAUGAUAGGUACAAAGAUUACUGUGAUGAACGCAGGGACCAAGACAGCCCAGAGAGGAGCCGAAAACGACGCAGCAGCAGCAGAUCUGAUGAUGAAUAUGAUGGUGACUAUCCAGAGCAGGACUACAAAAUGGAGCAGGAGGAGGAGGAGGAGAGCAAAACGAUUAUGCUGAGAGGGCUCCCUGUCCACGUCACGGAAGAUGACAUGCGUACAGCUCUGGAGCAGCUACAGGGACCACAGCCUGUGGACAUACGUUUGAUGAAGAAAAGGACAGGUGAGCGAUACUCUUCAGAGGAACGUUCCUCGUUCCUUUCCGCGCUUGAUCUUUAAACCCAUCUU